GCCAGCUCUUCGAAACUGGUGGAUGUGGUGAUGCAAAUGCAAAGUCGGCCGGAUGUGAAGAAAGAUGGCUCGGCUUUCCAGGUUGAGAAGAUGACUUUGUGGAAGGACUUGCCGACAUUUGGGUGGCAGAUGCGUGAUGCGUGGAAUCUGGGUAUGUCAGUUCCCGAAGAGCGCAGCGACCAACAAACCAAGGACCACUGGAUCAACCUCAACGCCUUCACCGCAUCGCUCGUUGCUGCAGCAGAGAGCAAAUCAAAUGGCAAGCCCGACUUCUCCCUCUACUGCAUCUGGACCGUCCGUGAUGGAUUAGAAGAGGAUCUCGAGAUGGUGCCAGAUUUCUCCAUCGCAGCGGCCGCCACGUGGUUUGUCUUCGCAGCUCCGACCAUCAAAAAGUUCUGUCGGGAGGAGAAGUCGUUCGAAGGCAAGAUGGCGAAGGGCGGCUUUGAGUUUCAGGAACGAGGCUGGACGGGAUUCAGCGAGGAGCGGUGGCAAGUGUGGGAGGAGAGAUUGAAGGUAGCGGAGGGCAGGGUAAAGGAUGAGAGCACGAAGGAACUGGUUCAGCAAGCGCUGAAGGCGGUGGCGGAG